AUGUCAACGCGACGUCUGAGCACUGUCCACGACCUUGCGUCUCUCCGCCUACAUCCCGACGGGACUCGCGUCCAAAACAACAACAAGAACUUGAGGAUUCGCGGAGCCAAAUAUGCAGCGCGGGACAGCAAAGGGAACUGGUUUGCGCGCGACGCGGGUGGGACAGGCAGAGUGAAGCAGCGAUGGGCGAAGCCACGCGACGAGGACGCGAAAGAAGAUAGCUCGACCGGAACAGAUGAGGGUGAGGAUCUGUUACCCACGGCAGCCAAGGGCAAGGGCAAACAGCGGGCAAGUGAAGCGGACGUAGAGGAGCAGCCGCAGGAUGAGAGGGCACGCAAGAGGCGACGGUUCUACGAGGAUGAGUCCUUCAUUGCACCCACGCCGUCGGGUGGCCCUUCAGCUCAGGGUAGCCCAAAGGCGUCUUCGAGUAGACUGUCUGAGCCAGAACCUCUUGCAGAUUGGGCACUCCCCACACCGUCGGCUGAGACAUUGAAAUGUAUGCAUUACUUUGCUUGCAACUACUACACUGCCGUGGGGCAGUUACGCGAUAGUACUAAGGGAGCACGUCGAACGAAGAAGGUUCGGCGGGAACAAAGGCUUCAA